GCGUAAUUUCAAAACUUUCUCACCUAACCUUUACUUUACAGUUGGGAAAGGAGCAGCAGAUAUAAAAUUGCUAUAAAAUAACCAACGAGUGGAACUUCUGAAUGCGGUAAUGUCUACAAAUGGCAAAUGAAACACAGGGUGUGCAGCAUGGGGAUUUUUAACUGUAAUUCUUAGAAGGGUAAGAGUAACUGUAACACCUACGGUGUCCUCAUCGUGGCACAAAGAAAUACAGAGUUACAACCUAUUCAAAGAACAGACAUUUAUUCAAAGAAAAGGCUAAUUGUAUCACUUCACCAGACUUUUCAGAGCCCCUUCUUAUCAGAGAAAAAUAUCCCUUACUUCUGCAUUGCCCCUCAUUCAUAUUGUCAGUUUUUGGUAGUAUGUAUAUUUGUGAACAACUAUUUUCAAGGGUGAAGUCCAGGAAGAGUAAAAUUUCAUGACAAGCUCCUUGAGAGCUCGCUGAGAAUGGCAGCCUCUGCCACGGAACCAGCGGUGCAUCAGUUCCACAGAAACGAGGUCAUAUAUCCCAAACCCGGUUUUGUUGCCCUCUUUAUGUUUUAACUAGAAAAAAAUAAAAGUUUUGUCACAUCUGUACAUGAAUAUAUUUUAUACGUGGCCCAAGAAAUCCCUCUUCACUCAGUAUGGCCCAGGCAAUCCAAGAGGUUGUUCAGCCACGGCACGAGCGCAAGGCUGGCAGAAGCCUUCCUUCCCUAUUCUCCUUCUCCUCACUCCCUUCCUCCAAAAUUGGUGCUGUUUCGGCUUCUCCGAGGAGCACUUUAGAGCACCGAGCCUCCUCUCGUUUCCAAAUCACCGCGCAGCCGCCAUCAGCGCGGGGCUGCUGGUGCAGCGGGCUCUGGGGUGAACCUGCCACAGAGGUCGGCGAGCUGCCCGGUCAAGGGUGCUUACAGUCACGUGUCGUUGGAUCGAUUGAUUUCACCGUGUCGUCCUGCACAAGCUAGGGGGACUUCUCAUCAGCAGCGUUUCACCUUGCUCCCCCGGCCCCGGAGAGACAGCAGAGCGGGCAACGAGAAAAGGGGGGAAGGAUGAGGGGGGAAGGCGGAAGCGGCAAAGAGGAAGCGGCGCGUUCCGGAGCGGCCUCAGGUGUUGCCGGGCCUGCGGUCUCGGCAUGCAAAGCAGCGGCCGUGCCCCCGCUGCGCUUCCUCCCCCACCCCGAGCUCGAGGAACUGAGAGCGGCUGCUCGCAUAGCCGAGGGCCCCGCUCGGGCGCUGGGAGCCGUCCAUCCCGCGCUCUCCUUUUCUCGCGGCUCCCCCACGAGCGGCGCUUCCCAGCCCGCGCCCCCACCGCCAGCGCGAGGGAAGCGGGAGCGAGCAACAAAGGGCCGCGCGCUGCAAGCACUCCGCCCCGUCACAUGGCGCGCGCGGGGGCGGGGGCUCCGCCUGCGUCACUUCCGCUCCUCUCCUGGAACAGCGGGGCUGCGCGCGGAGUAGGACAAUGCCUAAGUCAAAGGAACUCGUGUCUUCAAGCUCAUCCGCCAGUGAUUCAGAUAGUGAAGUUGACAAAAAGGCAAAGAGGAAAAAGCAAGCAGCUCCAGAAAAGCCUGUAAAGAAACAAAAGACGGGUGAAAGUUCAAAAGGUGCCGCUUCUUCUAAGCAAAGCAGCAACAGAGAUGAGAAUAUGUUUCAGAUUGGCAAAAUGAGGUAUGUCAGUGUUCGUGACUUUAAAGGGAAAGUUUUAAUUGAUAUUAGAGAAUAUUGGAUGGAUCAAGAAGGUGAAAUGAAGCCUGGCAGAAAAGGUAUUUCUUUAAAUCCAGAGCAGUGGAACCAGCUGAAGGAACAGAUUUCUGAUAUUGAUGACGCAGUAAGAAAAUUGUAAAGACAGAGCCAUAUAGGAAUCUUUAUCACGUUAGUUGUUUCAAGCAGUCUUUUUACAUUGGCUUUUGUUUUCUAAAAUAUUGUUUUCCAAGCUAUUGUAUAUUUGGAUUGCGAAACAAUUUGUAAAAUGAAUAAUUUUUUUAUGUGCAUUAAACAUGUAUUCUGAGUGAGGCUAAUUGUGUAUACUUUACUAAAAGGAAAUGUGUUGCUUUCACCUCAUGGUGUAAAAUAAACAAGUCAAGUAAUA